AUGAUGAUGAAACCGCGACGCGUUCGGCCCGCCCACGCGAAGACCGCGGAUAACGAGCGCGGCUUUCGCGUUUGCCGUCGCCGGAAUGCCGCGCCUCGACGUGAUGAUGAUGAUAGGGAAAAAAGGAGGGUUUUUGCCUACCGCCGCACCGCAGAAUCCUCAUCAUCUUCAUCGACAUUAGAAGGCGCGUUGAGCUUCCUCUUCCUCAGCGAGCAGUUUUUAACCCUUCGCCGGGUGCCUCCGAGUCACGCGGCCGCAUUAGCGUCGGCGCGCACGGCGAGGUAUGCCUCCGCCCGUCGCCGCGGAAACUGUCGGCCGCCUCCGCCGAGCGGCCGGUCGACGCCCCGCCCCGCCGACCGUAAAAGGAAAGGCCGCGUUUCCGGCGGAGGCGCACCUGAAACAGACGACGGAAGAGCUUCUGCGCCUUUCUUCCCCCCCCCUCCGCCAUUGGCUGAAAUGCGCAGGCACGAGGACGAGAGGAGCGAAAGCGGCCGCCGAUUCCGAGACGCUCCGGGCGGCGACGCCCCGCCGGAGGAGUCGGGCGACGACGACGAGCUGGGCCGACUGGACGUGGAUCUGGACAGGAAGUCCAGGCGGCACAACUUGACGACCCGCAACGUUCGCGACAUCCUGCACGAGGUGAUUACGGACGAACGCGUGGUGGCCAUGAUGAAAGCCGCCAUCAGAGACACUCGGGACACGCCCAUGUUUGAGCCCAAGAUGACGCGCUCCAGAUGGAAGACGGCCGUCCGGGGGGGACAGUGCGCGGACUGGAGUUUGUCGGCGGAGCGAAGUUCGCAGCCUCCGCAGUUUGUGGACAUCCGUCUGGACGCCGAGGAAGAUUCGUCGGACGAAGAGUACCGCCCCCUAGAAGAGGAAGACGACGAUGACGACGACAACGACGACACGGCUGAAGAGUCUUUUCUGAGCGACGGUGACGUCAAUUGGUCUCCCAAAGUAGAAGAGUGUGGGAGUGGCUCCCAGGGCCGGACGGUCGCCGCCGCCGCCGCCGCCGCCCCCCCUGUCCCCACCUUCCUGGAACGCCUCAAUGCUGUGGAGGAGGAGCUCGACCGCGGCCUCGCCUACACCGCCUUCUCGUCUCUCGGGAUGGAGGAGGACAAGGAAGAGGAGGAAGGCUGCGGCGCACUAGCCUCGCGCACUCGUUCCAAACUGCCACUAGUGGACGUACCCCUGGAGCAACUGGAAGCGGAGCUGCCGGCCCCCGACGGCGCGGCCGACGAGGCCGAAGGGGAGCAAGACCCCCAUUGGACGCGUUGGCUUUACGGACUGGCGGCGACGCAGCACGAAGAAGAAGCGGACGAUGACGACGAUCCAGAGUACAACUUCUUGGAAGACCUGCACGAACCCGACCUAGAGGACUACAGGACAGACCGUGCUGUUCAGAUCACGAAGAAAGAAGUCAACGAGCUGCUAGAGGAGCUUUUCCUCACGCUACGGGAUCGAGAGGAAGGACCCGAAGAAGAAGAGGAGGAGGAAAGGGAGGCCGCUCCUCAGGCUCAGCGUACGGCGGAGCAGAGGCAAGUGGGCCGCGAAAGCUGCGCCGCUGCCCAAGAGCAGCGGCGCCAAGCCCUGCGGGACGCCACCAAUCGACCGGCGCCGAGCGUGUGCGUCGCGAGCGCUCGGCCGCGCCCCGUCUUGCGCCUGGACUCGGCCCAGAAAGCGCAACUCCGCCAGCAAAUGCAGCAGCACGUGCAGCUGCUGACCCAAGUUCAUAUGCUGACUCGCAACAUCUGCGCCCUGAAACACGAAGCGUCCGUCACCAAGCAAUAUCUGGAGGAGCUGCGGCAUUUCGCCACGCGCCAAGAGCAAGUGUCGCGUCUCUCGUCUUUCCGGGCGCGCAACCUGCAGGAGGCGCUGGAACUACUGGAGGAGACGCAGCAUGCGACGGCGGCCGAGCUCCCUCCGCGCCCGCCACCCGCGUCCGGGCGCCUCCUACCCGCCAUGACUUCGGCCACCGCGGGCCACGCCUUCCCCGUCUUGCCGUCGGACGUCGCCUGGCUGCUGGCCACGCGACCCGUCUUCCUCUACCCUCAACUGCUUCCCGUUUGCAGCCUGGAUCCUUCCCGCCACGCGCGACACCAACGCGGGAUAUUUACCGCAGGGGAGGACGGCUUGAUUGUUUUAGGUCUGAAGCACUUUGAGGGUACCGUUCAACCCCAGCAUCUGAUCAGCUCCUACCUGCUGUGCAAGAGCGCCUUCCGCUUGGCCAAACACAUCCGCGAGAUGAGCGGCCCCAGGGCGCCGCCCAGAAACGUCCUCAAGAUGUUCCUGGCCCGGCGGUCGGCCGCCCCCCAGCCGUUGUCCUGCGCCCCGGCGGAACCUUGCGACCGGCGCCCCCCGGUGGAGAAAGACCCCUCCCUCAUGCCCGUUUGGCUCAAGAACAGCCGAGAGAUCUUCCGGAGAACGCGAGCGGACGCUCCGCGCUACCCCCGCUUCCUUCCCAGAGGUUGCCACCUGAAGCUUUACCCGUCUCGCCUCCAAAAGCCCUCCCACGGGCCCGGCCCUUCCCACAGACGCCUUUUCACCCUGGCCUACAACGCGUCCCUGCACCCCAUCUGCCCGGCGGGAGCUCAGACCGACUCGCUCCUUUCCUCCGGGAGCUUCCUCUGUUUCGGAGAGGGCGCCGCGGUCGGGCCGACGCCCCCUCCUCCCGCGCGCGUCGCCGCCCCGAGGGAGUCGCCGUCCGAACACGUCGGGACCGCCGUCCGGGACGAAGAAGAGCGAGACGGGGAGGAAGGAGAGCGGGCGAGGGGAGACGAACCGCGCAGAGAGGAAGAUGAGCGGGCGGGAUCGGAGGAAGGGCGAGGAGGGGAAGAGGAACGGGCGGGGGGAGAUGAAGGGCGGGGGCGGGAAGAGGAGCGGGCGGGAGAAGAGGAAGAGGAACAAGGAGAGGACGAGAAAGACGAGGAGGAGGAGGAGGAUGACGACGAAGACUUUGACGAACUCACUCAGGAUGAAGAUGAGGAGGAGGAGGAGGCGUCGUCGGCGUCCGAAGAGUCUCUCCCGGCCGUUCCGGAGCUGCCGGCGACGUCGAAACGGCCGGCUCCCGAGAGGAGGCCCGACGGCGAAUCGGAAGAAGAGCGCUCGCCCGCGUCGGAAGAAGAGGACGUAGAGGCGCCCAAAGGGGACGCCGGCGCCGUCGGGAAGGCGGCGGCAUCGGAGGACGAAGACGUCGCGAACGCUCGCGAGGAAGACGGGCUUCGGCGGCCGCCCCGGGGAGGAGCCGGACGAGGAAGAGGUCGGCGCGGCCCGGGCGACGGGGCGGCGCGGCGGCGAGCCCGUCGGGAGCGGCCCGGGAAAGGUCGCGGCCAAGCCGGUCCCGUCUACGACCGCGACGCGCUGGAGAACGACCCUAGGCGGCAAAGCAAAGAUGCCGCCUUCGCUCACGGCUAUCUCCACAGGGUUCGCGAGGCGCUGCGCGACACACCGGAGAAGUUGGAAGAGUUUAUCCACGCGCUGAACGAGCUGGAGCGGCCGGACGGACCGGAAGUCACGGGCGUCUUCAGGAAGCUGCGGCGCAUCCUGGGAAAACGCACCGAACUGGCGCGCGACUUUGCCGCCUUCCUGCAUCCCGAGCAGGCGCUGGAGUGCGGGCUGUUUGAAGAACAGCAAGCCUUCGAGCGCGGCCGCCGCUUCUUGCGCCGACUGGAGGUCACCUUCGGAGACAACCCGUCCCACUACAACAAGAUCAUCAAGGCCCUGCAGCCCGGCCCGCGCCUGGGCGCCGCCGCCGUCGCAGAGCUCCAAACGCAAAUGGCGGCCCUGCUCAAGGGACACCCUCACCUACAAGCUGAGUUUUGGGUGUUUUUCGACGAGCUCCGCCCGCCGCCGGCCCGCCCCGGACAGUUCGAGGAAGCCCGUUGGCCGGAGGAGGGCGAGGGGGCGGAGGGCCCGGGCCUCCCCGCCGGCGGUUUCGAGGAAGUCGCUUUGCCCGACGACGCCGGCGAGGCGGACGCCUCCUCCGUUCGGCGUCAAAGGAGGAAGCUGCGCUCCCGCGCCGCCGAGGUACCCGAGACGCGCGGCCGGAACCCUCCGCGCCUUUUCGUCCUCACCCUUUCGCUCGCAGGGAUCCGACUGGCGGCGCCGCCCCGAAAGCCGCCCGCACCGUCGGAGGGGACGCGCCCGCUUCCGCGGCGACAAGGUGAGCCGGACCGUCCGUCCCGUCCGUCCCGCGGCGGCCGCCUGACCCGGCUUCCCGUCCAGGCCUCCGGGGGCGCGGCCGGAGUCUCGGAGAGCGCCGACCCGCUUUACGUUUGCGCGGCGCCCGACGUAUCUACGCGGCGACGGUCCGCGGACGACGACGAGACGGACUCUCCGCCUCCCAAGAGGAAACGGGACGAGGAAGUCCCUUCCGCCGAACCGCCCGUGUGUGCCAAAAACAUUUCUCUGACGCCCAGCGGAGAGAAGGUCAUCCUGUGGACCAGGGAGGCCGAUCGGGUCAUUUUGACCACGUGUCGACGGGAGGGGGCCAAUCCCGACACCUUCCAGGGCAUCUCUGCUCUGUUAGGCAACAAGACGCCCGGCGAGGUUUCUCAACGCUUUCAGGACUUGAUGCGUCUUUUCCAGAGCGCGGCCCGGCACGCCGGCUCCGAAGACGAGCCGCCUUUGGAAGAACAGCGCUGA